AUGACAAAGGAUGCUGAGAUAAAAAAAUUAAAGGCUGUUGUUCACCAGUUAAAGCAAAUUCAUGUAGCUCAAGCCACUGUCAUUAGGAAUUUGAAGUUCAACCAUCUUAAAGAGAAGGAAAAGUUGAGCUCUGAUAAGAGGACUUUGGAGAUUUGCUAUGCUGACCUGAAGAAAGAGAAGGAUGACCUGAAGAAAGAGAAGGAUAAGCUGGAUUGUUGCAUUGCUGAGCUGAUGAAAGUGAAGGAGAAGUUGACCAUGGAGAAGAGUACUCUUGCUUCCUGCAUUGUUGAGCUCAAGACAGCAGGUGAUAGCAACAAGAGGAAGCUUCACCAGAUUAAGGCUAUUUGUGAUGAGGACUAA